UGGGUGCUCAGUGCGAUGGGGCUGCCACCAUCCUCCAAGUGUGGCCCCGAGGGCCAGAGCUGCUGUCCCGCCAUCGCCGGGUGUAAUCAGUUCCUUGUGCCUGGCUCUGCCCAGGAGCUGUAUGUGGGGGGUGUGACUGACCCUCUGAGCACAGAGCCUUUGGGAUGGGGCUGGGGGCGUCCCCACCCUGACAAGUUCCAGGGGAUGAUCGCUGAGCUGAAGGUGCGCAGGGACCCCCAGGUGGGCCCCAUGCACUGCCUGGACGAGGAAGGCGAUGACUCAGAUGGGGCAUCUGGAGACUUUGGCAGCGGGCUCGCCGACACCCGGGAGCUUCUCAGGGAGGAGAUGGGCACAGCCCUAAAACCCAGGCUCCCCACGCCACCCCCGGUCACUGCUCCACCCUUGGCUGGAGGCAGCAGCACGGAAGAUUCCAGAAGUGAAGAAAUCGAGGAGCAGACCACAGUGACUUCAUUAGGAACUCAGACACUUCCUGGCUCAGAUUCUGUCUCCACGUGGGACGGGAGUGUCCGGACCCCUGGGGGCCACGUGAAAGAGGGCGGCCUGAAGGGGCAGAAAGGGGAGCCAGGUAUUCCAGGCCCGCCUGGCCGGGCAGGCCCCCCAGGCUCCCCCUGCCUGCCUGGUCCCCCGGGUCUCCCGUGCCCGGUCAGUCCCCUGGGUCCUGUAGGCCCAGCGUUGCAACCUGUCCCCGGACCACAAGGACCUCCAGGGCUGCCAGGGAGGGACGGCACCCCUGGAAGGGAUGGCGAGCCGGGUGACCCUGGUGAAGACGGAAAGCCGGGCGACACCGGGCCGCAGGGCUUCCCCGGGACUCCAGGGGACGUGGGCCCCAAGGGUGACAAGGGAGACCCCGGGGUUGGAGCGAGAGGACCCCCAGGACCCCAGGGGCCUCCAGGGCCCCCAGGACCCUCCUUCAGACACGACAAGCUGACCUUCAUUGACAUGGAGGGAUCUGGCUUCGGUGGUGAUCUGGAGGCCCUGCGGGGUCCUCGAGGCUUCCCCGGACCCCCCGGACCCCCCGGUGUCCCAGGCCUGCCCGGCGAGCCAGGCCGCUUUGGGGUGAACAGUUCUGACGUCCCAGGACCCGCCGGCCUUCCUGGUGUGCCUGGGCGCGAGGGUCCCCCCGGGUUUCCCGGCCUCCCGGGACCCCCAGGCCCUCCAGGAAAAGAGGGGCCCCCAGGAAGGACGGGGCAGAAAGGCAGCCUGGGUGAAGCAGGCGCCCCAGGACAUAAGGGGAGCAAGGGAGACCCCGGUCCUGCUGGCGCUCGCGGGGAGAGCGGCCUGGCAGGAGCCCCUGGACCCACUGGACCACCAGGCCCCCCUGGGCCCCCUGGGCCACCAGGACGAGGACUCCCCGCUGGAUUUGAUGACAUGGAAGGCUCCGGGGGGCCCUUCUGGUCAACAGCCCGAGGCGCCGAUGGGCCACAGGGACCCCCCGGGCUGCCAGGACUGAAGGGGGAUCCUGGUGUGCCUGGCCUGCGGGGAACCAAGGGAGAAGUUGGAGCAAACGGAGCCCCCGGGUUCCCCGGCCUCCCUGGCAGAGAGGGCACUGCUGGGCCCCAGGGGCCAAAGGGAGACAGAGGCAGCCAGGGAGAAAAGGGAGAUCCAGGGAAGGACGGAGUCGGGCAGCCAGGCCUCCCCGGACCCCCCGGACCCCCGGGGCCUGUGGUCUACGUGUCGGAGCAGGAUGGUGCCGUCCUGAGUGUGCCGGGACCUGAGGGCCGGCCGGGUUUCGCAGGCUUUCCCGGACCUGCAGGACCCAAGGGCGACCUGGGCUCUAAGGGUGAACGAGGCUCCCCGGGACCCAAGGGUGAGAAGGGUGAACCGGGCAGCGUCUUCAGCCCCGACGGCAGUGCCCUGGGCCCUGCCCAGAAAGGAGCCAAGGGAGAGCCGGGCUUCCGAGGACCCCCGGGUCCGUACGGACGGCCGGGGCACAAGGGAGAGAUUGGCUUCCCUGGACGGCCGGGUCGCCCCGGGAUGAACGGAUUGAAAGGAGAGAAAGGGGAGCCGGGAGAUGCCCACCUUGGAUUUGGCAUGAGGGGAAUGCCCGGCCCCCCAGGGCCUCCAGGGCCCCCAGGCCCUCCAGGGACUCCUGUUUACGACAGCAAUGUGUUUGCUGAGUCCAGCCGCCCCGGGCCUCCAGGAUUGCCAGGGAAUCAGGGCCCUCCAGGACCCAAGGGCACCAAAGGAGAAGUGGGCCCCCCCGGACCACCAGGGCAGUUUCCAUUCGACUUCCUUCAGUUGGAGGCUGAAAUGAAGGGGGAGAAGGGAGAUCGAGGUGAUGCAGGACAGAAAGGCGAAAGGGGUGAGCCCGGGGGCGGUGGCUUUUUUGGCUCCAGCCUGCCAGGCCCCCCCGGUCCCCCAGGCCCACCUGGCUACCCUGGGAUUCCAGGUCCCAAGGGAGAGAGCAUCCGGGGCCAGCCUGGCCCACCUGGACCUCAGGGACCCCCCGGCAUCGGCUACGAGGGGCGCCAGGGCCCUCCCGGCCCCCCAGGCCCCCCUGGCCCCCCAGGGCCCCCUUCAUUUCCCGGCCCUCACAGGCAGACUAUCAGUGUUCCCGGCCCUCCGGGCCCCCCUGGGCCCCCUGGGCCUCCUGGAACCAUGGGCACCUCCUCAGGGGUGAGGCUCUGGGCCACGCGCCAGGCCAUGCUGGGCCAGGUGCACGAGGUUCCCGAGGGCUGGCUCAUCUUCGUGGCCGAGCAGGAGGAGCUCUACGUCCGUGUGCGGAACGGGUUCCGGAAGGUCCAGCUGGAGCCCCGGACGCCACUUCCACGAGGGACGGACAACGAGGUGGCUGCCUUGCAGCCCCCCGUGGUGCAGCUGCACGACAGCAACCCCUACCCCCGGCGGGAGUUCCCCCACCCCACCGCAAGGCCCUGGCGGGCAGACGACAUCCUGGCCAGCCCCCCUCGCCUGCCCGAGCCCCAGCCCUACCCUGGAGCCCCGCACCACAGCUCCUACGUGCACCUGCGUCCGGCGCUCCCCACGAGCCCACCCGCCCACACCCACCGCGACUUCCAGCCUGUGCUCCACCUGGUUGCGCUCAACAGCCCGCUGCCAGGCGGCAUGCGGGGCAUCCGCGGGGCCGACUUCCAGUGCUUCCAGCAGGCACGGGCCGUGGGGCUGGUGGGCACCUUCCGUGCCUUCCUGUCCUCGCGGCUGCAGGACCUGUACAGCAUCGUGCGCCGUGCCGACCGCGCAGCCGUGCCCAUCGUCAACCUCAAGGAUGAGCUGCUGUUUCCCAGCUGGGAGGCUUUGUUCGCAGGCUCUGAGGGUCCGCUGAAGCCCGGGGCACGCAUCUUCUCCUUUGACGGCAAGGACGUCCUGAAGCACCCCACCUGGCCCCAGAAGAGCGUGUGGCAUGGCUCGGACCCCAGCGGGCGCAGGCUGACUGAGAGCUACUGCGAGACGUGGCGGACAGAGUCUCCCUCAGUCACAGGUCAGGCCUCCUCCCUGCUGGGGGGCAGGCUCCUGGGGCAGAAUGCCGCAAGCUGCCACCACGCCUAUAUCGUCCUCUGCAUCGAGAACAGCUUCAUGACUGCCUCCAAGUAGCCGCCGCCUGGAUGCGGAUGGCCGGAGAGGACGGGCGGCUCGGAGGAAGCACCCACUGUGGGCAGGGAGCGGCCGGCCAGCCCCCAGGCCCAGGACCUGGCGGCCAUACUUUCCUGUAUAGUUCACGUGUCAUGUAAUCCUCAAGAAAUAAAAGGAAGCCAAAGAGUGUAUUUUUUUAAAAGUUUAAAA